GCAGCGGGGCUGUGGAGAGGCUGGUGGUGGGAGCCGCAACGGGCAGGAUGCGGCUGCGGCUCCUGGUGGCCGUACUCUGCACUGGGAUCCUCGCAGGAGCACCCCAGGCGCGGGCCCAGCACCGGGAGAGAGUGACCUGCACGCGCCUCUACGCUGCUGAUAUCGUCUUCCUGCUGGACGGCUCCUCGUCCAUCGGCCGCAACAACUUCCGCGAAGUGCGGGGAUUCCUUGAGGGGCUGGUGCAGCCCUUUGUGGGGGCAGCCAGUCCGCAGGGCGUGCGCUUUGCUGUCGUGCAGUACAGCGACGACCCACGGACCGAGUUCGGCCUGGAUGCACUGGGCUCAGGGAGUGAUGUGAUCCGUGCAGUCCGGGAGCUCAGCUACAAGGGGGGCAACACACGCACGGGCGCCGCGAUUCUCCACGUGGCCGACCACGUUUUCCUGCCCCAGCUGGCCCGACCUGGCGUCCCCAAGGUGUGCAUCCUCAUCACAGACGGGAAGUCCCAGGACCUGGUGGACGCAGCUGCCCUGAGGCUGAAGGGCCAAGGAGUCAGGCUGUUUGCUGUGGGGAUCAAGAACGCUGACCCCGAGGAGCUGAAGCGAGUCGCCUCUCAGCCCACCAGCGACUUCUUCUUCUUCGUCAAUGACUUCACCAUCCUGCGGACCCUGCUGCCCCUCGUGUCCCGGAGAGUGUGCACCACUGCCGGCGGUGUGCCUGUGGCCCUGCCCUCUGGUGGCACGCCCUCUGGCCCCCGAGACCUGGUGCUGUCUGAGCCCGGCAGCCAGUCCCUGAGAGCACAGUGGACAGCGGCCAGUGGCCCUGUGACCGGCUACAGGGUCCAGUACACUCCUCUGACAGCGCUGGGGCAGCCCUUGCCAGGCGGACAGCAAGAGGUGAGCGUCCCAGCUGGGGAGACCAGCGUACGGCUGCAGGAUCUCCACCCACUGACAGAGUAUGAAGUGACCGUGGUCGCCCUCUACGCCAAUAGCAUCGGGGAGGCUGUGAGCGGCACCACUUGGACCACUGCCCUGGAGGGGCCGGAGCUGACCAUCCGGAACACCACGUCCCACAGCCUCCUGGUGGCCUGGCAGAGCGUGCCAGGGGCCACUGGCUACCGUGUGACAUGGCAGGUCCUCCGUGGCGGGCCCACGCAGCAGCAGGAGCUGGGCCCAGGGCAGCAGUCUGUGUUGCUGCGUGACCUAGAGCCCAGCACGGACUAUGAGGUGACCGUGAGUGCCCUACUGGGCCGCAGCGCAGGGUCUGCGGCCUCCCUGACUGCCCGCACUGACAGUGUUGUGGAGCAAACCCUGCAUCCAGUUAUCCUGAGCCCUACAUCCAUCCUCCUUUCCUGGAACUUGGUGCCUGAGGCCCGUGGCUACCGGCUGGAGUGGCAGCGUGAGAGCGGUGGGGAGGUGCCCCAGAAGGUGGUGCUGCCCUCCGAUGUGACCCGCUACAGGCUGGAUGGGCUGCAGCCGGGCACCGAGUACCGCCUCACCCUCUACACCCUGCUGGAGGGCCGUGAGGUGGCCACCCCCGCGGCUGUAGUCCCCACCGAGCCUGAGCUGACCGUGGGCCCCGUCAUGGACCUGCAGGCCACUGAGCUGCUGGGGCAGCGCGUGAGGGUGUCCUGGAGCCCCGUCCCCGGUGCCACUGAGUACCACGUCACUGUGCGCAGCACCCAGGGGGUUGAGCGGACUCUGGUGCUCCCCGGGAGUCAGACGGCCUUCGACCUGGAUGACGUCCGGGCUGGACUGAGCUACAUGGUGCGGGUGUCUGCCCGAGUGGGCCUCCGUGAGGGUGCUGCCAGCAUCCUCACUGUCCGCCGGGAACCGGAAGCCCCGCUUGCCAUUGCCGGGCUGAGGGUUGUGGCCUCAGAUGCUACACGAGUACGCGUGGCCUGGGAGCCUGUUCCUGGAGCCAGCGGAUUUCGGAUUAGCUGGAGGACAGGCAGUGGUCCGGAGUCCAGCCAGACGUUGCCCCAAGGAUCCACUGCUGUGGACAUCACGGGGCUGCGGCCUGGCACGUCCUACCAGGUGGCUGUGUCAGCACUGCGUGGCAGAGAGGAGGGCCCCCCCGCGCUCACUGUGGCUUCCACUGACCCACUGGGCGCAGUGAGGACUGUCCAUGUGACUCAGACUGGCCGCUCAUCUGCCACCGUCGCCUGGAGCAAGGUUCCUGGUGCCACCGGAUACAGGGUCUCUUGGCACUCAGGCCAUGGCCCAGAGAAAUCCCAACUGGUUUCUGGGGAGGCCACGGCGGCUGAGCUCGACGGACUGGAGCCAGAUACGGAGUACACAGUGCAUGUGCGGGCCCACGUGGCCGGUGUGGAUGGGACACCUGCCUCUGUGGUUGUGCGGACAGACCCCGAGCCCGUGGGCAGUGUGUCGAAGCUGCAGAUCCUCAACGCUUCCAGUGAUGUCCUGCGGGUCACCUGGGUGGGGGUCGCCGGGGCCACAGCCUACAGACUGGCCUGGGGCCCGAGCGAGGGUGGCCCCACGAGACACCAGGUGCUCCCAGGAAACACAGACUCUGCAGAAAUACGGGGCCUCCGAGGCGGAGUCAGCUACUCGGUGCGAGUGACAGCGCUGGUCGGAGACCGCGAGGGCGCCCCAGUCUCCAUUGUCGUCACGACGCCGCCCGCCGCCCCGCUGGCCCCCGAGGCUCUCCGCGUGGUGCGCCGGGGGCAGCACUCGCUGGGGCUGCGGUGGCAGCCAGUGCCUGGGGCCCACGGCUUCCGUCUGCGCUGGCGACCGGAGGGUGGCCGGGAGCAGGCCCGGGACGUGGGGCCCGAGUUCAGCAGCUAUGACCUGGCGGAGCUGGAGCCGGCCACCCGCUACCACGUGUGGCUGAGCGUCCUGGGGCCGGCUGGAGAAGGGCCCCCCGCAGAGGUGACCGCGCGCACUGAGUCACCCCGCGUUCCGAGCGCUGAGCUGCGUGUGGUGGGGGCCUCCAUCGAUUCGGUGACUCUGGCCUGGAGCCCGGUGUCUGGGGUGUCCAGCUACGUCCUGUCCUGGCGUCCACUCGGAGCCCCUGGCCCAGAAAUGCCUGGGGCCUCGCAGACACUUCCGGGCAGCUCCAGCACCCAUCGGGUGACAGGACUAGAGCCUGGUGUCUCCUACGUCUUCUCCCUGACACCUGUCCAGGAUGGUGUGCAGCGCCCCGAGGCCACUGUCACACAGAGCCCAGUGUGUCCACAGGGCCUGCUGGACGUGGUGUUCCUGCUGCAUGCCACCCGGGACAGCACUCAUCGUGCAGAGGCUGUCAGGCGGGCCCUGGAGCGUCUGGUGUCUGCGCUUGGGCCUCUUGGGCCUCAGGCCGUCCAGGUUGGCCUCCUGUCCUACAGCCAUCGACCUUCCCCGCUGUUGCCGCUGAACAGCUCCCAUGACCUUGGAACCGUCCUGGAGAAAAUCCGCAGUGUGCCCUACGUGGACCCAAGUGGGAACAACCUGGAUACGGCAGUGGACACAGCUCACAGACACCUGUUGGCACCAGAUGCGCCUGGGCGCCGCCGGCAUGUGCCGGGGGUGAUGGUUCUGCUAGUAGAUGGGCCCUUGGGAGGCGACGUCUUCAACUCUGUCCGCAGGGCGCAGGCUGCUGGGCUCAAGGUGAUGUUACUGGGCCUGGCGGGAGCUGACCCACAGCAGCUGCGUCACCUAGCGGCGGGCACGGAACCAGCCCAGACCUUCUCUACUGAGGAUGAUGGUCCGAGCUUGGACCGGGCAGUUAGCGGUCUGGCGACAUCCCUGUGUCAGGUGGCCGUGGCCACCCAGCCAGAGCCUUGCUCCGUGCACUGUCCAAAGGGCCAGAAGGGGGAGCCCGGAGAGGUGGGCCCAACAGGACAAGCUGGGCCUCCCGGCUCCCCUGGACCCCCGGGCAGGAUCGGUGCUCCUGGCCCCCAGGGCCCUACCAGAAGUACCAUUGCAAAGGGCGACAGGGGCUUCCCCGGGGCAGAUGGGCCGCCAGGCAGUCCUGGGCACCCCGGUACUCCUGGAAGCCCUGGCUCGAAGGGCUCCCCAGGGUGGCCUGGCCCUCGUGGAGAACCGGGAGAGCGAGGGCCUCGAGGCCCGAAGGGGGAGCCGGGAGAGCCGGGCCGAGCUGGAGGCGAGGGCCCGUGGCUGCCUGGGCCGAGAGGGGAUCCUGGUCCUCCGGGCUCCCCUGGAUCUCGUGGCCCUUCAGGAGACCCAGGACCCCGUGGUCCUCCAGGACUUCCUGGAACACCUGUGAAGGGUGACAAAGGCGACCGUGGGGAGCGGGGCCCCCCUGGACCAGGGGAUGGUGGCACUGCUCCGGGGGAGCCCGGGCUGCCGGGUCUUCCUGGAAAUCCCGGACCCCAAGGCCCAGUUGGCCCCUCUGGGGAGAAAGGGGAAAAGGGGGACUGUGAGGACGGAGGGCCAGGCCUCCCCGGACAGCCCGGAGCCCCGGGUGAGCCGGGCCUGCGGGGACCUCGUGGAGACCUCGGCCCCAAGGGUGACCGGGGCCUGACAGGGACUGCGGGUGAGCCUGGAGAGAAGGGCGAGCGUGGAUCCCCCGGCCCAGUGGGACCUCAGGGGCUUCCAGGAGUUGCUGGACGUCCUGGAGCCGAGGGUCCCGAGGGGCCACCAGGACCCACUGGCCGGCGAGGAGAGAAGGGGGAGCCUGGUCGCCCUGGGGACCCUGCAGUGGCGGGACCGGCCAGUGCUGGAGCCAAAGGAGAGAAGGGAGACAUGGGGCCCCCUGGGCUCAGAGGAGGUUCCGGAGCCAAAGGGGAGCAGGGCCUGCCCGGCUUGGCUAUUCCUGGAGACCCUGGCCCCAAGGGGGACCCUGGAGCCCGGGGUCCCAUGGGCCUCACCGGCAGAGCAGGAGCCCCGGGCGACUCAGGGCCUUCUGGAGAGAAGGGAGACCCCGGGCGGCCUGGUGCCCCCGGACCCGUCGGCCUCCGAGGACGAGAUGGUGAAGCUGGAGAGAAAGGCGAUGAGGGCCCCCCGGGUGACCCUGGUCUGCCUGGAAAAGCUGGCGAGCGAGGCCUUCGGGGGGCGCCGGGAGCCCGAGGGCCCGUGGGCGAGAAGGGAGACCCCGGGGAUCCGGGAGAGGACGGUCACAACGGCGCUCCCGGACCCGCCGGACCCAAGGGUGACCGUGGAGAGCCGGGCCCCCCAGGACCCCCUGGACGGCUGGUGGAGCCGGGACUUGGAGCCGGAGAGAAGGGGGAGCCUGGAGACCGUGGCCAGGAGGGCCCUCGAGGACCCAAGGGUGACCCAGGCGCCCCUGGAGCCCCCGGGGAGAGGGGGGACCCAGGUGUCCGAGGCCCAGCCGGAGAGAAGGGUGACCGUGGCUCCCCUGGCCUGGAUGGCCGCAGCGCGCUGGAUGGGAAGCCGGGAGCCCCUGGCCCCCCCGGGCUGCAGGGCGCCACAGGCAAAGCUGGGGACCCAGGGAGAGAUGGGCUCCCAGGCCUCCGAGGAGCACACGGCCCCGCCGGCCCCCCCGGAGCCCCGGGAAAGCAGGGCGAGGAUGGCAGGCCUGGCUCAAGUGGCAAAAAUGGAGAACCUGGGGACCCUGGAGAAGACGGGAGGAAGGGAGAGAAGGGAGAUCCAGGCGCCCCGGGCAGAGAGGGUCGCGACGGCCCCAAGGGUGAGCGUGGAGCUCAUGGUAGCCCUGGAUCCCAGGGCCUGCCAGGCCCCGUGGGGCAGGUCGGCCCUCCUGGCCAGGGUUUUCCUGGUGUCCCUGGAAGCCCAGGCCCCAAGGGCGACCGUGGGGAGACUGGACCCAGAGGGGAACAGGGCCUCCCUGGAGAGCGUGGCCUGAGAGGAGAGCCUGGGAGUGUGGGGAACGUGGAGCGGAUGCUGGAAACUCUUGGCAUCAGGACAUCUGUCCUGCGAGAGAUGCUGAGGACCUGGGAUGAGAGCUCCAGUGGCUUCCUGCCAGUGCCCGAACGGCAGCCUGGCCCCAAGGGGGACCCAGGCGAGAGGGGUGCCCCAGGCAAGGAGGGCUCCACUGGCAUUUCUGGAGAACGUGGUCCGAAGGGAGAUCGUGGAGACCCCGGCCCUCAGGGGCCACCUGGCCUGGCACUUGGGGAGAGGGGCCCCCCUGGACCUCCCGGUCUUGCCGGGGAGCCUGGAAAACCUGGAAUUCCUGGGCUCCCCGGCCAGGCUGGGGGAGUGGGGGAAGCAGGAAGGCCAGGAGAGAGGGGAGAUCGGGGAGAGAAAGGGGAGCGUGGAGAGCAGGGAAGAGACGGCACCCCCGGCCCGCCUGGCCUCCCGGGCUCCCCGGGCCCCAAGGCAGACAUGGACAAGCCAGGUCUCGGACUCUCUGGAGAACAAGGACCCCCUGGACUCAAGGGUGCAAAGGGGGAGUCGGGCAGUGACGGCGACCACGGCCCCAAAGGAGACAGGGGUCUACCAGGCAUCAAGGGAGCCCAGGGUGAGCCUGGACAAAGAGGUCACAAUGGCAGCCCGGGCCUGCCAGGGGAGCGUGGAGUGGCUGGGCCUGAAGGGAAGCCGGGUCUGCAAGGUCCCAGGGGGGCCCCUGGCCCCACGGGCAGCCAUGGAGACCCUGGACCACCCGGUGCCCCGGGUCUCGCUGGCCCGGCAGGACCCCAGGGACCUUCUGGCCUCAAAGGGGAGCCUGGAGAGACAGGACCCGCAGGACGGGGCCUGCCUGGACCUACUGGACCCGUGGGAUUGCCCGGCCCCCCCGGCUCUUCGGGCCUCGUGGGUCCUCAGGGGGCGCCAGGUUUUCCGGGACAAGUGGGGGAGACAGGGAAGCCAGGAGCCCCUGGUCGUGACGGUGCCAGUGGAAAAGAUGGAGACCGAGGAGCCCCCGGCGUGCCGGGAUCCCCAGGCCUGCCCGGCCCUGUUGGACCUAAAGGAGAGCCUGGACCCGUGGGCACCCCUGGGCAGGCUGCGGUCGGGCCCCCUGGAGCAAAGGGAGAGAAGGGAGCCCCCGGAGGCCUUGCUGGAGACCUGCUGGGAGAGCCGGGAGCCAAAGGUGACCGGGGACUGCCUGGGCCUCGGGGUGAGAAGGGGGACGCCGGCCGAGCCGGGGAGCCUGGAGACCCUGGGGAAGAUGGUCAGAAAGGGGCUCCAGGACUCAAGGGUAACAAGGGUGACGCUGGAGUUGGGGUCCAGGGACCCCCUGGGCUGGCUGGUCCACCAGGUCUGAAGGGAGAUUUGGGCCCCCCUGGUGCCCCCGGUGCUCCUGGGGUUGUCGGAUUCCCUGGUCAGACGGGCCCUCGAGGAGAGACGGGUCAGCCGGGUUCCAGCGGAGAGCGGGGACUUGCAGGCCCCCCAGGGAGAGAUGGAGCCCCGGGUCCCUUGGGACCACCUGGGCCUCCAGGGUCAGUGGGAGUGCCCGGGGCCUCUGGACCAAAAGGAGACAAGGGGGACGCUGGAGCAGGGCUGCCUGGGGCCCGUGGCGAGCGUGGGGAGCCAGGCGUUCGGGGUGAAGACGGCCGCCCCGGCCAGGAAGGACCCCGAGGCCUCAUGGGCCCCCCGGGCGGCCGGGGGGAGCGUGGGGAGAAGGGUGACGCUGGACUGGCAGGGUCAAAGGGCGACAAGGGUGACUCAGCUGCCGCCAUAGGGCCUCCGGGGCCACGGGGCACCAAGGGGGACACGGGUGAAAGAGGGCCUCGGGGCAUAGAUGGUGAUGAAGGACCUCGGGGAGCCAGUGGGAGCCCCGGCGAGAAGGGUGUCAAGGGAGAGCCUGGCGACAGGGGCUCAGCCGGGUUGCUGGGAGCACGUGGACUCACUGGACCCAAGGGUGAGCCUGGUGCUGCAGGGACCCCUGGGGACCCGGGACCCCCAGGAAAGGAUGGAGCCCCUGGUGUCCGAGGAGACAGAGGAGAUGCUGGCUUCAUGGGUCCCCGGGGCCUCAAGGGCGAACGGGGGCUCAAGGGAGCUUGCGGCCUGGACGGAGAGAAGGGAGAUAAGGGAGAUACUGGUCCCCCAGGCCGCCUGGGGCUGGCAGGUCGCAAGGGAGAUGCGGGCGAGCCCGGUGUGCCCGGCCAGUCUGGGGCCCCUGGGAAGGAGGGCCUGAUUGGUCCCAAGGGUGACCGAGGCUUUGAUGGGCAGCCAGGACCCAAGGGCAGCCAGGGGCAGAAAGGGGAGCGGGGGACCCCAGGAAUUGGGGGCCUCCCAGGCCCCAGGGGCAAUGAUGGCCCUAGCGGCCCCCCUGGGCCACCUGGCAGUGUUGGUCCCGGAGGCCCUGAAGGACUGCAGGGCCAGAAGGGUGAACGAGGGCCCCCUGGAGAGCAUGUGGUGGGCGCCCCGGGGGCCCCUGGGGCCCCUGGAGAGAGAGGGGAGCAGGGGCGUCCGGGACCCGUGGGCCCCCGCGGUGAGAAGGGAGAGGCCGCGCUGACGGAGGAUGACAUCCGGGCCUUUGUGCGUCAGGAGAUGAGUCAGCAUUGUGCUUGCCAAGGCCAGUUCAUCGCAUCGGGAUCGCGACCCCUCCCCAGUUACACUGCAGACCCCGCCGGGCCCCAGCUGCACCGCGUGCCUGUGCUGCAGGUCUCCCACAUGGAGGAGGAAGGCCUGGUGCCCCCCGAGGAUGCUGAGUACGAGUACUCUGAGUACUCAGUGGAGGAGUACCACGGCCCUGACCCUCCUCGGGAGGGCAAUGACCCCUGCUUGCUUCCGCUGGACGAGGGCUCCUGCGCCGCCUACACUCUGCGCUGGUACCACCGGGCUGGGGCAGGGGGCACGGAGGCCUGUCACCCCUUUGUCUACGGUGGCUGCGGAGGGAAUGCCAACCGUUUUGAGACCCGUGAGGCCUGUGAGCGCCACUGCCCACCCAGGCUGCUCCAGAGCCGGGGCACAGGUGCCUCCCACCGCUGAGGCUGGCGCCCUGCCAGUGAAGUCCCGAGGGUCACAUCUCAGCAGGAUUCCGGACCCUCCCUUGGUGCUAGAAGCCUGUGUGCGUGUGAGCAUGCACAGCGCGUCUGUUAUUUCAGUGGCCGGGCCCGUGGGCCUGGCCUUCCCCUGUGGACAGACCCCCAUUGUGGGUCCUGCCUCCCCGGCAGAUGACUCAUUGUGGGGGUGGCUGUGGGGGUGAGCGGUGUGGCUCUGACCCACCCUUGACCCCAGCCUGUGAUGACAUGGUGCUGAUUCUGGGGGGCAUUAAAGCUGCUGUUUCAAAGGCC